AUGACAAUGGAGGACAGAAGCAGCCGCACCGGGGUCAGAGAAAGGCUGGGACUAAGCUUCACUAUUGACUACCUUCUGUUCAAUAAAGGAGUCAAAGGUUCUAAAGAAGAAGCGACAGGAAGUGGUACGGCAGAGCAGACAGCGGACAACAUGCUAAAUCAUCAGAAUCGUAAACCCGAAGAGGUGGGGGUUCGCGCUGAGAUACAGGAGAAGCAGCUACAGAGGUCAGAGGUAGACGCUGAAGACAGGAAAGUCAAAGGUGAGGAGGGGGAUGAAGAGCAACAAGAGGAGGGGGAGGAGGAAGUGACCACCACGAUGUCUGUCAGCGGCAGUCUAGAGAAGUCUGCGGACAAACCCAACCAGUCGUACAUUGCACUCAUCUCCAAGGCAAUCCUGGCGUCUGAGCAGAAGAAACUGUUGCUAUGUGACAUCUACCAGUGGAUCAUGGACCACUUCCCUUACUUCAAGAGUAAGGACAAAAACUGGAGGAACAGCGUGCGUCACAACUUGUCCCUGAAUGAUUGCUUCAUCAAAGCAGGCCGCAGUGACAAUGGUAAAGGCCACUUCUGGGCGAUUCACCCAUCAAACUAUAAGGACUUUUCUAACGGGGACUAUCACUGUCGGAGGGCACGGCGGAGGGUACGCAGGGUGGCAGGACAGCUCCCCCUUUCCUCCCUGAGCUCCCCCUACCACCCUGCCCUCGCCCGCUCCCACAGAACAACCUGUUGGUGCUGUCCUCAGGGCCCAGCUCUCCCUCUGUCCUGCUUGCCACCGAGGCUCUACUGGCCUUGGUCCCGUGUGCAGCCAGAAGUGGGGCUCCACCCGGGCCUAUAUGCCUCUGUACCCUGA